AUGUCCAGGGAUUCUCCGCUAACCGCGCACCAGAGCCGGACCCACUGCACCCUGGUCCGAGAUGCUUCAGUACCUACCCCAGCGGGAGCACACACUCACCUGAUCCGGGCUGGGAGCGCUGAAAGGCGGCACAGGAUCCCGAUCGAACCGCUGGGAGAGACGGAUGGCGAUAGAAACUUCUUCCGGGCAGACUUGUGGCAGAGGUCUGGCUCUGACCAGCUCAGUUUGACUCGUGACACUUUCCGCCAAUACCUGCAACAACGCCCUGACCAGACGGUGCUGAUCCUACAUGCGAAGGUUGCUCAGAAAUCAUAUGGAAAUGAAAAGAGGUUUUUCUGUCCACCACCAUCUGUCUAUCUAACUGGUCCAGGAUGGAGACUCAAACAUGAGCAACUGAAAUUGUGUGGUCUCAACGAAUCCAGCUGUAGACUCUGUGGGUACAUGGGGCUGGAUGGCAUUACCAACAGUCAAGAAGCUGCAAUGAAGAUCAACUUUGAAGAACAGCCCGACUCCAAGAAAUUCGGUUGUGCUAAAGCGCUGUACAUAUCUGAUGCUGACAAACGCAAACACUUUCGGAUUGUUUUCAGUCUCUUCCUUGGAACUGGCCAAGAGGUUGGCACCUUCUACAGUAAAUUCAUCAAGGUCAUUUCAAAGCCAUCCCAGAAGAAGCACUCUAUUAAGAAUGCAGACUUAUGUAUCCUUUCAGGCUCCAAAGUGGCUUUGUUCAAUCGUCUGCGAUCUCAAACAGUCAGUACACGGUACCUGUGUGUGGAAGGAGAGGAGUUCAUCGCUAGUGCCAGGCAAUGGGCAGCAUUCACUCUGCAUCUGGAGAACGACCAAUGUCCAAGAGGUGAAUUCUGUCCUGGGGAUGGAUACAUCCGAUAUGGAUCAGCUGUCAAAUUAGUAUGCACUACGUCAGGAGUGUCCUUACCAAGCAUGAUCAUUCGGAAGGUGAACAAACAGUAUGCAGUGCUGGAUGUGGAUGAACCUGUCUCUCAACUUCACAAAUGUGCCUUUCACAUCAAGGACACCAACAGGAUGUAUCUGUGUCUCUCCAAUGAGAACAUCAUACAGUUCCAGGCGACCCCUUGCUCUAAGGAUGUCAAUAAGGAAGUACUGAAUGAUGGUGCAUGCUGGACAAUCAUUGGCACCGAGACUGUAGAAUACACAUUUAGUGAGAGCUUGGCACAGCUUCACAUGCCUGUCACUCCUAUUCCCAUCAUCAGCAGCCUUGAGCUGAAUGGAGGAGGUGAUGUAGCAAUGUUAGAAGUACAAGGAGAGAACUUCAGCCCAAAUUUGAAAGUGUGGUUUGGUGAUGUGGAGGCAGAAACUAUGUACAGAAAUCCCAAAUCGGUGAUCUGUGUGGUGCCUGAUAUCUGUGCAUACAGCAGUGAAUGGCGUUGGCUCCGACAGCCUAUCACGGUUCCCCUCUCUCUGAUAAGAAGUGACGGAAUCAUCUUCUCCAGCACCUUCACUUUCACCUACACCCCAGAACAGGGCUGCCUUCCCAGGCAGGCAGUGGUCCGAGAGAUCCCAGAGGAAUCUGACAACUUCCUGAACACCAUCCAUCAGGAGUUCACUCGCACCAAUUUCCACCUCUUCAUGCAGAGUUAA